GUGACCAAUACCUCGGUUAUUGUAUAGCCAGCGAGCUGAGGAGGAUCGAUUUCUCAUGGCGAUUAUCGGGUUCCGUUUUCUUGUCGUCUAUCGAUGAAAAUGCAUGGAAAUUUCCACAGAUAUACGUAGAUAGGACAGAAUAUAAACAAUCUGUUCAUUAUUGAAGAAGUAAAGAACGAGGCGCGUGCUACGGCACCAGGAUCGUUGAAUACAUGGAGGGCGGAUACAGACAGAUCUUCGAGUUUCCUGGCAAGGCCAAGAGCGACGUGUGGAGGAACUUCGGCUUCUAUCUCAGUGAUGACGGUUAUACGCUGGACAAAACAAGGGCCAUCUGCAAAUACUGCCGCAUCGGCGUCCGCUACACCGGCAACACCACCAACCUCCACACCCACUACGUCAACCAUCACCUGAAGAAGGACCAGGUCGGGGUCGCUCAGGUCAUGUGCUUCUCCGAAAAUGACCAGGUCAUCACUCUAAGUCCACAAGCUGUCAACGAUAUCGUCCACAUUCCUCCGUCCAUGGCAGCGGCGCACGGACCGAGUAGUGGGAAGGAGUCUCCUAGAGCCUCUUCUCUGACGUAUGCAAUCAUGGAGUUUAUUAUUGACGGUAUGCUGCCAUUUACAACGAUAGCUAGUCAGGCUUUUCAGAACCUAAUACACACUUUAGAUCCGAAGACAGAUGUUCCUUCAAGGAAACAUCUCGAGGACUUCCUCCUGCCCCAGAUGUAUGAGGAAGGGCGAACUAAGGUUUUAGCCAGACUUGAAAAUCAAGAGCAUGUUACUUUGACAACAGACAUUUGGUCGUCCUCGGAGAGAUACUUGACGAUCACGGCUAAUUACAUUUCUAGGUCUUGGCAGUUAAAUUCCUUUAUGUUGCAAACAGUGGAACUGCCUGUAGAUGCAACUGCUGGGUACAUAUCUGAAACCCUGAAGACCCAGGCAGCUAAUUGGCGGAUAACAUGUGAACCAAUCCUUGUGUCAGGUCAUGAAACUGUUUUAAGGUCCGGCGGGCUGCUGAAAUGGAAACACUUGCCUUGUUUCGCUGAAACGAUCAACGCUGCAGCCAAGAAAGGACUAGCCCAGCCCGAAAUACAGAGCAUGAUUGUGUCGGCCCGAAAACUGUCGCGUUUCUUUAUGUCUGGCGUUGGAGAUAGUCUGAAGCAAUCCCUCCCUUCUUUGAAUUCCUUGCAGGUUGAUGAUGAGGAUCGGUGGAAUUCUACAUUUACAAUGCUUGAACAGAUCAUCAGAGAUAUGCCCUCAAUACAAAUGGCUUUCCAGAAUCCCGAUUUACAGAAGGAAGACGUGCGUCUGUUUCUGUUCGAUUCCAAUAACCAGAAACUGUGUCAGGAGCUUGUAGACUUACUGAGACCCCUGAACAAUGCCUCUAUGUUACUCUGUGAGCAGAGGAUGGUCACGGUGUCAAUGAUACUGCCGGUCCUGAAGAAGCUUGAGAUCACGCUUCUUGGAGGUGAAACAGACUGCCCAGUGAUUAAAGAGUGUCGGAACACCAUCUGGAAGGAAAUACGUUCUCCAUACUCCUCGGACAACAUCCGGGAUAUUCUUCUCGUCUGCUCACUGUUAGACCCUCGUUAUAAAGAACUGCGUUAUGUCGAGGCUGUCGAGAGAGAAAAGGCCAGGCGGCUGCUCUAUGAUGCAGCGCUGCGACCUUUCUUGACGGACUUUCAGAUCAAACAGGAAGUGGACAGUGACGAUGAAUACAUUCAGAACAUCAUCCUAGGACCACCAUUCUCUAUCUCGAACGGAUCGGACGUCCAUGGAAGUAGCCCUAGUUCGGAAGAACCUGUUAAAAAGAGGAUGAAGUUUAAAUCUCCUGCUUCUAAAUUUGAAAACGACUGGCUGUCCGAUGUAGUAGGUCACAAGGAUGACGUCCCUUUGGACAAAAUGUCGCCGGUGGAGAUGGUGAGUUCGGAAAUUGACCGGUUUAUGGCGGAGAAGCAGAUCACAUCUAGCACCUCACUGAUCUGGUGGUACGAGAGGGAGAAGAUCUUCCCCAACAUCUCAUGCCUUGCGAAGAAGUACAUGUGCGUCAUGGCCACCUCCAGACCGGCUGAGCAUAUCUUCCUCCCAGACAGAGAUCCCGUCAGGGUUCAAAGGUCAUGCAUUCCACCCAAGAACCUCGAUGCCAUGAUUUUCCUCAACAAGAAUCAUCAAAAUCUCAAAAUGACUUUUUAAAUCAAGGCAGAAAUACUUCUGUCAUUUACGAAAUGAAGGGUUUCUUCGAGUACCGUUUUAGUGCUUUCUAACUAUGUUCAGCCUUUCUGUAAAAACGUUAUGCCAUUGCGUCAUCGCUGUGAUGAUGCUACAGCGGGAACAGUCAUACUGACAAUGCUUUGUUAUCUCCAUCCGUCGUGAUCGGUGACACUACGCACGCACGGUUGUAUCAAAGAAGCUCUGUGGACUACACACGCACACAUUAUGGCACCUGAAGUUGGUCAGGGACCGACAGAUUCAGGAUUUGGCGCGUUGUGAUGGGGGUAUUUUGUCAUCAGAUCUUACUGAAACAUAAUCGUUCACUGGCGUCCUGAGCAAUACUGAGUUGUGGGCUUCCCCAAAACAUUCGGGUGAAUGCCCCAACACCAUAAACUUAAACGGACAAACUGACGACCACCACUGGUGUUGUGAAAAUAUGUAUAUUUCCAUUAACAUUGACUUACUUGUGUCUUUGAAAUAUAUAUUGAGUACUAGUG